GGACCGGAAGUGCCAGAUGCGGACCAAGAUGGCGGACCUUGAUUCGCCUCUGAAGUUGUCAGGGGUGCAGCCGCCAUCUGAGGGGGUGGGAGGUGGCUGCUGCUCCGAAAUCUCCGCUGAGCUCAUUCGCUCCUUGACAGAGCUGCAGGAGCUGGAGGCUGUAUACGAACGGCUCUGCGGCGAGGAGAAAGUGGUGGAGAAAGAGCUGGAUGCUCUUUUGGAACAGCAAAACAGCAUUGAAAGUAAGAUGGUCACUCUCCACCGAAUGGGUCCUAACCUGCAGCUGAUUGAGGGAGAUGCAAAGCAGCUGGCUGGAAUGAUCACCUUUACCUGCAACCUGGCUGAGAAUGUGUCCAGCAAAGUUCGUCAGCUUGACCUGGCAAAGAACCGCCUCUAUCAGGCCAUUCAGAGAGCUGAUGACAUCUUGGACCUGAAGUUCUGCAUGGAUGGAGUUCAGACUGCUUUGAGGAAUGAAGAUUAUGAGCAGGCUGCAGCCCACAUUCAUCGCUACUUGUGCCUGGACAAGUCAGUCAUUGAGCUCAGCCGACAGGGCAAAGAGGGGAGCAUGAUUGAUGCCAACCUGAAAUUGCUGCAGGAAGCUGAGCAACGUCUCAAAGCCAUUGUGGCAGAGAAGUUUGCCAUUGCCACCAAGGAAGGUGAUCUGCCCCAGGUGGAGCGCUUCUUCAAGAUCUUCCCACUGCUGGGUUUGCAUGAGGAGGGAUUAAGAAAGUUCUCAGAAUACCUUUGCAAGCAGGUGGCCAGUAAAGCUGAGGAGAAUCUGCUCAUGGUGCUGGGGACAGACAUGAGUGAUCGGAGAGCUGCAGUCAUCUUUGCAGAUACACUUACUCUUCUGUUUGAAGGGAUUGCCCGCAUUGUGGAGACACACCAACCAAUAGUGGAGACCUAUUAUGGGCCAGGGAGACUCUAUAUCCUGAUCAAAUAUCUGCAGGUGGAAUGUGACAGACAGGUGGAGAAGGUGGUAGACAAGUUCAUCAAGCAAAGGGACUACCACCAGCAGUUCCGGCAUGUUCAGAACAACUUGAUGAGAAAUUCUACAACAGAAAAAAUUGAACCAAGAGAACUGGACCCCAUCCUGACUGAGGUCACCCUGAUGAAUGCCCGCAGUGAGCUAUACUUACGCUUCCUCAGGAAGAGGAUUAGCUCUGAUUUUGAAGUGGGGGACUCCAUGGCCUCAGAAGAAGUGAAGCAAGAGCACCAGAAGUGUCUGGACAAACUCCUCAAUAACUGCCUUUUGAGCUGUACCAUGCAGGAGCUAAUUGGCUUAUAUGUUACCAUGGAGGAGUACUUCAUGAGGGAGACUGUCAAUAAGGCUGUGGCUCUGGACACCUAUGAGAAGGGCCAGUUGACAUCCAGCAUGGUGGAUGAUGUCUUCUACAUUGUUAAGAAGUGCAUUGGACGGGCUCUGUCCAGCUCCAGCAUUGACUGUCUCUGUGCCAUGAUCAACCUCGCCACCACAGAGCUGGAGUCUGACUUCAGGGAUGUUCUGUGUAACAAGCUGCGGAUGGGCUUCCCGGCCACUACCUUCCAGGACAUCCAGCGCGGGGUGACAAGUGCCGUGAACAUCAUGCACAGCAGCCUCCAGCAAGGCAAAUUUGACACAAAAGGCAUCGAGAGUACUGACGAGGCGAAGCUGUCCUUCCUGGUGACUCUGAACAACGUGGAAGUCUGCAGUGAAAACAUCUCCACUCUGAAGAAGACACUAGAGAGUGACUGCACCAAGCUCUUCAACCAGGGCAUUGGAGGGGAGCAGGCCCAGGCCAAGUUUGACAGCUGCCUUUCUGACUUGGCCGCCGUGUCCAACAAAUUCCGAGACCUCUUGCAGGUAAGCCCCAGGUUCAACUGCUGACUGAAUCCUGUGCCUGUGCGUUGCUCUGAGAAGAUUGGUAGCUGGCUCAUCGUGUGCAAGGAAGCCAGGAGGACGGGUGAGGGAGCAGCAAGCAAGCCCUGACGCCUGGAGUUGUGCAAGUCCCUUGAGAUUAAAGUCCCUGUUGGUUUUUCAGCAGUGAAGUUGUCACACUGACAAGCCAACCUCUGGUCCUCUAGACUUUCCACUUGGCCCCACAAUGACAAGAGCCCUCAUAAAAUGCUCAGAGGAAGCGGAGCCCCAUAGUUGUUCUGACCUGUGGCCCUAGCCACAGGUGCUGCCUAGCACCCAGCAUUCUGAAAUCUCUCCUGAGAGUCUAUCAGAAUAGUCUCAAGGCCUCAUUGUUACCCUGGACCUGAAUCAGCUGAGAUCUGGAAAGGGGCAUGUUCCUGGCUCCUCCUUUCAUUAGCACUAGCUCUGUUAUAACCUCCAACAGGGCCUCCAGAAAGCCUCAUGGCUGGAAGAACACCCUGCAGUCAAGAGAUGGGGAGAGGA